AUGGCGGUAAACCGACUCCGCAGUGCGCUGGCGGUGCCUCGUAAGGGCGAGACGUAUGAGCUCCGCGCUGGCCUGGUCUCGCAAUAUGCCUACGAGCGCAAGGAGUCAAUUCAGAAGACCAUCAUGGCCAUGACCCUGGGAAAAGAUGUGUCGGCACUGUUUCCCGAUGUGCUCAAGAACAUAGCCACUGGCGACCUGGACCAGAAGAAGCUCGUCUACCUAUACCUUAUGAACUACGCCAAAAGUCAUCCCGAUCUUUGUAUCCUGGCCGUCAACACUUUCGUACAAGACUCAGAAGAUCCGAACCCUCUGGUUAGAGCACUGGCUAUCCGUACUAUGGGAUGCAUCCGAGUGGACAAGAUGGUCGAUUACAUGGAAGAGCCGCUACGGAAGACUCUACGAGACGAGAGUCCGUAUGUGCGCAAGACUGCUGCUUUGUGUGUCGCCAAGCUGUUCGACCUCAACCCGUCCAUGUGUCUGGAGAACGGCUUCCUCGAGACACUUCAGGAGAUGAUUAGUGAUUCUAACCCUAUGGUUGUCGCCAAUUGUGUCACUGCACUGGUCGAGAUUGGAGAAGCCGCCCCCGAGACGAAUGCCUUGAUCGUAACGCCACAGACUUUGAAGAAGCUGCUACUCGCCCUCAACGAGUGUACCGAGUGGGGUCGCAUUACCAUUCUGUCCACUCUGGCCGACUACAAGCCCAACGAGCAGAAGGAAGCCGAGCACAUCUGUGAGCGUGUCGUGCCACAGUUCCAGCAUGCCAACCCUAGUGUCGUCCUGGCUGCUGUCAAGUGUGUCUUCCUGCACAUGCAAAACAUCAACCCGGAGCUCGGCAGGACCUACGCUAAGAAGAUGGCUCCUCCGCUUGUCACCCUCGUCUCGUCUCAACCCGAAGUUCAAUACGUCGCUCUGCGCAACAUCGAUCUCCUCCUCCAGAAACAGCCCUCACUCUUGUCCAAGGAGAUGCGCGUCUUCUUCUGCAAGUACAACGACCCACCGUAUCUCAAGUUCCAGAAACUCCAGAUCAUGGUUCGCAUUGCCAACGACUCAAACGUGGAACAAUUGCUUGCCGAAUUAAAAGAGUACGCUAUGGAAGUCGACAUGGAUUUUGUCAGGAGAGCCAUCAAGGCCAUCGGUCAGGUUGCAAUCAAGAUUGAGAAUGCUUGUGAAAAAGCUGUCAACGUUUUGCUUGAACUCAUCAACACCAAGCAAGCUUAUGUUGUGCAAGAGGUUGUCGUGGUUAUCAAGGAUAUCUUCAGAAAAUACCCUGGCUAUGAGGGUAUCAUCCCCACACUGUGUCAAUGCAUCGAUGAUCUGGACGAGCCAACUGCAAGAGGUGCCUUGAUCUGGAUCGUUGGCGAGUAUGCUGAGAAGAUCAGUAAUGCUGGCGAUAUCCUGUCUGGCUUUGUCGAUGGUUUCGCAGAAGAAUUCACUCAGACACAAUUGCAGAUUCUGACUGCCGUGGUCAAACUCUUCUUGAAGAAGCCCGACCAAGCGCAGGGACUGGUGCAAAAGGUUCUCCAAACCGCAACAGUAGAAUGCGACAACCCAGACAUUCGCGACAGGGCAUACGUCUACUGGCGACUACUGUCAAGCGACCCUCAGAUCGCAAAGAACAUCGUCCUAGCCCAACGACCAGCCAUCACCUCGACAAUCUCAACUCUGCCGAUACCCCUACUCGACUCACUCAUGCCCGAUCUAUCGACGCUCGCCUCGGUAUAUCACAAGCCGCCACAAACUUUCCUCGGCCAAGGUCGCUCAUUCGCAAACGCCCUCCAACAAGCCGCCAUCGAAGAAGCAGCCCAGAACGCACGCGAGAACCCACUGGCAGCAGCCGCCGCCGCGGCCGCCGUUUCAGGCCAAGCCAGCACGGUACAAAGCCAUGCCGAAAACCUUCUCGAUAUCGACUUCGACGGCGCCGCACCAGCAAGCAUGCAAAAAGCACCUCCUGGUGGAUCCUCGGGACUCGAAGGUCUUGCAGGCACACCCAUGCGCGUUGCUAGCCCUACAGCUAAUGAACCUAUGGGAGGUGGCAUGGAGGACCUGAUGGGUAUCUUUGGAUCAUCGGGCGGUGCUUCUGCUGCUCCUGCUACUGGGGGGUCGGGUGCUGAUGAUUUGAUGAAUGGGUUUGGGGGUCUAAGUAUGGAGGCCUCGCAGCCGCCGCCACCGCAGACACAGUUGCAUGGAGGUGGCAACAAGGCCAACGAAGACAUUUUGGGGUUGUUUUAA